AUGGGCGUCGAGCUCGCGUUGACCAUUGUGUUCGAUUUGACGAUGAUCGGAUCGGUGCGGAGAGGGCAAAUGUUGAACCUUCUGCUCAUCGUCGUCAUCACUCUCAAUAUCAUAACGGCGGCAAGGUCUCUGAACAGCCGGGGAAUGAGUUCAAAACUCCGAAAAGUUCCAGGCUCUUCUUGAAACUACGCGGAAUCAAGUGCGCCAGCUCGAUAAUGGCCUACGUGCUGUGGAAGAUCGUUCAAGAAGUGAUCUUGAUUCCGGCGCUCGUGGUUUUUAGUUUCAUUCUAGUUGAUGUAAGUGAUCAUUUUGAAAUUAAUCAGCAAAUGAGUACAUUUCAGAGGUAUCUAAAGUCGUGGAACAAUGCGAAUCGAGGCAUUCAGAUAUUGGUGAUCGUGUGGACGUAUGCAAUCUAUUCACUGUUUCUCAUCAUUUUCCUAGGUUCGUCUAACUUUUUCUCGGAAGUCCUUAAGUGCGAUUUUUAGCGUGGCUAGCCCGUUUUCUCUGGCAACUUCAAGUGAAUCAGUCGAACGGCGAAAAGAAUGGUGAAAAUGCGACGACAAUCUCGUUCAUCGACGGAUUUCACAGCGGAGACGAUCAUCAUCAGUUGCUCGAGGAGGCGAGCAACGAGGGGCUCGAGCUGAGGGAACUGCCGACUGAACUGCGGAAUCAGACGAGACCGUUCGUGCCGUACGACCAUGUGGUGCCUUACAUUUCCAACUGA